GGUGGCAUUCGUUGAACGUGCAGAACCAUCGCAAGUUGUUCAACCAGUGUGUUCUCUGCACAAGUGCGCGCGGGUUGGGCAGAGGGAAGAAGAAGAUUUCUCCAUGUAGUUGAUUUUCCUCAAUGUUGGCUUGUCUUUAAGAGAGAGGAAAAAAAUAAGUGUGGCACUUGCUGGGUGUCUCACACAACUGUGUGUUAGCUUUAAUUAUUGCCGAGAGUCUUUCCACUAAAGACGCAUCUUCGGUGCAAAGUUGAACAUUAGAAAAUUUCAAAUGGAGAUAAAAAUCGCAAAUUCUUAAUUUAAAUUUAAAUUUAAUUUAAAAAUAAAAAAGGUUUCAAUGGAAGUGGGUGUGAAAGUGCGGAUGAAUAUUGUGAUACCUAUAAUUUCCAAUUGAUGUGCACAGAGGAAAAUCAAGCUGAGUGUAUAUUGUGUGUGUGGUAACAUAGAGAACACAAAUUUAUUAUUGAUUGCGAGGAAAAUUCAAAUUAAUUUUAAUUGGAGCUCUAUACUGUGAAAUAUUGUGUGUAAAUCAUUAAUAAUACCAAUAUUAAUUACAAAGCUUGCGAAAUACUAUUGAUAACAUUUCUAAUAACUGAUGGAUGGGAGGGGGGAAGCUCAAAAGCUCAUUAAGCUCUUCAAUGCGGAAGUAUAAAUUUUGUGAAAAGUAUCCUCCACUUCCCCUAUUGAGCUUCAAAUCUUCUCUCAUUCCACCCUCAAUUGGCAAAAGGGGAUUAAAAACUUAAAAAAAUAUUUUUUUUUUACCCAAAUAUUGACGCAAUUUCAGAGGCCUCUGUGUGAGGGAUUUGUUAUGCGCCCUGUAGGAAAAUUUUCAUUAUUUUGUGAUGCUUUCCCUCCCUCUGAAUUGAGAUGAAUCGCGCGCGAAUGUAAAUGGAGGAUUUUGUGUGUUUGUUGCUUCAUGCAAUUGGAUAUGCGAUGGAAAUUAAGUCAAGUGAAUGUAAUUUAUUAUUCACACACAAAUUCCAAACACAUUUCCCCCUAUCCCCGAUGUCUGCCCCUUUGUGCUCUAUGUAAGAUGCUCAGUGGGGGUGCGGCGAGGCCAACACAAAUUAUUUAUGAGGUAUUAAUGUGGAUAACAAAGUGAAUUAAAUGUCGAUGGAUUUUAUCAAAUUGUGGGGACAACAGCAAAAGGGAUCCCCAUGUGGCAGAUGGAUGAUGAUUAAAAGGAAGUUCAUUUCAUGCGAAGGAGGGCUUUAUUCAUAUAGAUAUGUAUAUAGAUUCUCAAGGAUAGCCCAAACUUUAGGGGUGCUUGGAAAAAUAUACUUUUGCGGAUAAAGUUUAUCUCCAAAAAGCUCGUGCGAGGUGCAGGCUGAAGGAAAAAAGGGUGCUACGAGGAAAUGCCAUAGGGUACGAAGGAAAUUGUUGAUGUGGACAAAAAGGAUUUUCAUGGGGGGGGGGGGGGAGAGACUUUUGAGAAAUCCAAAGUUUAAAUCAAAAGGAUUCAAGGAAUCUUUAGGCAACGGAAACUUGUUGAUUACCUUCUGGGAUUCAAAUUUGUUGAGCUUCGAUUGAGAGGGUUAAAAGAAAACUCAAAGUUAUGUAAUAUUUUUGCUGGGAAACUUUUUAUUUCUUUUUCUGUAACUUUCUCUCAAUUUUUUUUGGCUCUGAUUUUAUUCAGAAUUCUACGCAAUAUAACUGUCUUUAAAGUUAAUGAGUUUACGCUGAAAUAGUUCUUGAUUAUCUCUUUAAUUUUUGUUAGUUUAGAAAUAUAAUUUAUAUUGAAAAAUUUCUCAAAAUAGACCCAAAUAUCCCUCGUGCUUCCGGGAAUUACAUGUAAAGUCAAUUAGGUCAGGAGUUCAUAAAUCAAUUUCCCGCAUGCACAUACCUCAAAAUUGAGUACAUAGAUAAUCUAUAAUUUAGAACCACAGAUGAGUCUCCAUCCCCAACCAUUUAAGUACUAUUUGGGGUAAUUUUUGGUACCGGAAAAUCCAUUCAAGCGUUUCUCAUUGAUUUUUCCACCCUCUCACGGUUUCUUUUCAUUCCUUUUUACCGUUUCUUUUUUUUCUCUCGACCAAGUCAGGUGAUAACCACCCCCUACCUCAUUUAGGGUAGGUACGGUAGGUACUACACAGGAUUUUCUUUCAUUCGUACAACCCCUCGUGGUGGUUAAUCCACGGAGUCACAUUAAAUGAAUUACACACACCAGCUAGAAUUUCAUUUCCAUCACUCAUUUCCUUAAGGGACCUGUUGCCGUUAUUAGGGGGAGAAAUCUCCAUCGUAGAGUAGGAUUUUCAACGGGUUGAUGAUUAAGGGAAGUCCUAAAUUGUAGGGGUGGAGCGGGGAACCUUCUAUUCCUCUGUAAAGGACAUAUCCAUUUGAGUUAUUUGCAAAUCGUGCGGGAAAUGCUUAAACUCCGCAUAGGGGAUGUGUGUGAGACAGCAUUAAGCUUUUUGGCACCUUCACAGGAUACCUAUCUACGUGAAAAUAUGCAAUGGUUGACAUUAUUAACCCAUUAUGGGCAUAUUGUCUCUGGGAAAUGGAUUUUCUUUCUCUAAAUUCUCUUUGUUAUUCAGUUAAGAGGUUAAUUUUGGGAUAGAUUGGAAUUUUAGGGACUUUUUUACCCUUCAAACCGCAAAUUUCUCUCUGUAAAGUCUUAAAUUUCAAAUAAAUAAAGUUCAAAAUGUAAAUUAGAGGUAUUUAAAACUUCAACCUCUGUGGGAUUUACAUAAGCAUGCAAGAAAGUAAUUUAGUAAAAGAGAUAUCUCAAUUUUGUCGCAAAUUAUACCCUCUAAUGGGUUAAUUUCCCACGAGAUCCACCCCCAAAUGCCUCAUAAUUCAUCCAGAAAAAAAACACGGUAACUCAUAUUGUUUUCACUAAUUUUUUGGGGUAAUUUUAACUAAUUAUAUGUGUUGGAGUUUACAUAAAAUUAACAGCAUAAAAAUGUUUAUCGAUGGGGCUAGAAAAAAAGACGCGGAAGGAAAAAGUUUCGAAGGAAAUUGCUGAAGCAAACACAAUUUUCCCAAUUAAUAUUUCCCACUUCCGCAGUGAAAUGAGGGUGAAAAUUGAGAAGACAAGCUGUGCCCUAUUGAUUGAAUGUUUUAUUAUGAAUUUUUUGUUAGGAUAUUGAGAUGAGAGAUUCUCUAUGGUGGCGUUGAAAAUGAAACCAUAAAAUAUAACUUUGUUGAAGUACAUAAAGCUCUUUUGUGUGAGAGAGUGAGAGAGAGGAAAAGUGCAAAAAUUAUGCUGUUUUAACUUGUUGACUGUUGUUGGAAAAAUUCUAUAUACAAAAACAACAUUGUGAAAAAAUUAAUUAAGUGAAUAAAGUGAAGCUCAGGGAAUUGAGAGUUUUAACGGAAAAGAAAAAAAAAAGUGGAGUAGUUGUGUGUGGAAAAAGAGCAAGAAGAUAUCUGAGAGAGAGAGAGAGAUAAAAAAUGUUUGGAAGCUGCUGUGGAUGCGGGAAUCGUAAGGCGGGCAGGUCAAAAGCACUAUCAUCGACAGACGAGGAGGAUUCAUCGGUGGGUGAAGAGGAGGUGGUAAAGAAGAAAAAGGCAGAGAAUGGUGAGGAGAGUAAUGGAAAAAUAAGCUCAUUGGAUGUACCCUGUGAGUCGCAACAAUUGAGUAAGGAUACACAGGAUGGAAAUUUAUUGAAUGACGAGAUACCGGAGGAAAGUGCCAAAGGAUGCGAAAUUGACGAGAAAGCCAAUGUCGCUGAAGGAGAUAGUGUUGGAAAGAGUGUGGUGGAGGAAGAAGAGGUUGCUGGGGAGGUAAAACAGCCCUCCCCAGUCGCCCUCGAGAGAGUCACAGAGGUAGAGAAUGGUGGGAAGAUUGAUGAGGAUUCUGACUCCAUGGAGAACGACGAUGUUUCACAGAAGCAGAGGCAUCGAAGCGAUGCGAGCAAUGUAACCGUUGAGGAGUCCAUUGUGAUACGAUCUGGCACAAGGAGUAGCUCAGUGGACGAGCACGAGGAUUCGUCCACAUCGACGACUGUGACGAAUAGAGAAAAUUCCACAAUGUGCCGCACAAAUGGUAGCCACCAUCAUCAAGAUGAUCAUUCCAAGGGUAGUGAUACAGGUGAAGAAUUGUCCAGGAGUUGCCUAUCCCGCCGUAGUUCCUCAAAAUCAUCAAUUAAGAAGCGUGUCAACUACAAUGCAAGCACAGAAUUUAUCCCACCGUCUGAUCUCACCUCAAUCAAUGAUGAUGAUGAAGUCUUUUCGGACUCAGUACCACCGCAACUACCACGUGGAGAUAUGUGUGCACCUUACCUGAAGAAAAGAGGCUCAAUGCCAGGACUUGUAGCACUUCCUGAUUGGUUCAGUUCAGACAACUACAGGGAAGAGGGUGGUGUCCUGGAGCCACCUGUUACGCCAAUUGGUCGAGAUGAAUUGGCCCUCAAGAGGCAUCGAUUCUUCUCGGAACUCCUUACAGCUGCUCAGGCGGCUGUUGAGCACAGGGUACGCUUUGAUCCCCUUGGGCCGGAUGUGGCGGACGAUCUGGACGAUGAGGACGAUUGCGAUCCGAGCGUUAAACCCUCAACAGCAGCUGAAUUGGAAGCUCUCAUUGUGCGCCUAGAGAAGAUUGUUGAUCGUCUGGAACGAAGUGUUUCAGCACGUGAGUUAGCUAUUGUCAAUCAAACCCUUGAUUCGGUGAAAAAUCAGCAGGACAUUGUUCCGGAAGAGUCCAUUGAAAGGGCAGAUUGUUAUUUGAGUAAAGAGGAAUCCCUUGAUUUGGAUUUACCUCCACCACCAACACCACCACCCACAGCAACUGCAACGAAGAAUUUUUCAACACUUUCGGCGGAUCUUGAGCAGAGAAUUAAUAAUCUUGAGAGUGCAGUAAGGAACGGACAGGAAGAGCAACAGGAGGAACAACAGCAAGAGACUGAGGAGGACGAUAUACCAACGGUUGUGCAUCUCAUAGCGCGUGAAGAAGGAAAAUUAGGGAUGAGUGUUCAGGGGUAUGAGGAUAUUGUGACGGGUAGUUUGGCCCAGUAUGUUCAGCUGUCGCAGAAAAUUGGCGGAGAUGUUGCGGCGCAGGCUAAUCUUGUCAAGGAAGCCUUUGAUGCUCAACUAAAGUAUGUUACGUUGGCAACGCAAUCCGCUCAACCGCCGCAAGAUCAACAAGUGAGGCUUUUGCAGCCAACAUCGGAACGUAUUGCUGCCAUUCAGGAUUUCCGUGAGAAGCAUCGUACGUCGACAUUUUUCAAUCAUUUGUCCGCCAUUAGUGAGAGUAUCCCAGCCCUUGGAUGGGUAUGUGUGGCUCCAACACCGGGGCCGCAUGUGAAGGAGAUGAACGAUGCGGGGCAAUUUUAUACGAAUCGCGUGCUGAAGGAGUGGCGAGAGAAGGAUGCCACGCACGUGGAGUGGACACGCGCAUGGAUUCAAACUCUAACCAAUCUGCAGCAGUACAUUAAGCAGCAUCACACAACGGGGCUCGUGUGGUCCGGCAAGGGUGCUGUACCGAGUGGUGGAUGCCCACCACCACCACCACCUGGGAUUCCGCCACCACCACCUGUAAUCCCUCUGGGAGACUUAUCGCUUAACAAUAGCGGGGAUGAUCGUAGUGCUCUCUUUGCGGAAAUAAAUCGUGGCGAGGACAUUACGAAGAAUUUGAAGAAAGUAAGCGCUGAUAUGCAGACGCACAAAAAUCCAGCACUUAGAUCGGGUCCAGCUCCAUUCAAGGCACCAAUAAGUGCGCCAAAAUCCGCAGGCGCCCCUAAACCAACAACGGAUGUUGCCAAUAAAGCCCCAGUCUUUUCGCGUGAUGGCAAAAAGUGGCUCAUUGAGUACCAGAAAUCCAAUCCUGGGCUAGCUAUUGAUAAUGCCGAAAUGAAUAAUGUGGCCUACAUGUUUCGCUGCCAGGACUCAACGUUGACGGUCAAGGGGAAGAUCAAUAGCAUUGUGAUUGAUUCAUGCAAGAAAUGCUCAAUUCUCUUUGAUUCCCUCGUGUCGUCCAUUGAGUUUGUCAACUGCCAGAGUGUGCAGAUGCAGGUCUUGGGGAAAGUGCCUACGAUCUCCAUUGACAAGACAGACGGUUGCCAAAUGUAUCUCUCCGAUCAAUCAAUGGAUGUGGAAAUUAUCUCAUCCAAAUCAUCAGAGAUGAACGUACUCAUCCCCAAGGGCAAUGGAGACUAUGCGGAACAACCGAUUCCGGAACAAUUUAAGACAACCAUCAAGGGGAAGUCCCUCAAUACGGUUUGCGUGGAGAGUCUUGGUUAAGCAGAAAAGAAAAAAAAUCUGGUCUCUAUAAGAUGCCACAACAUCCACAUUUUUACUCUUUAGCACGUGGAUUUUUAGCAACACAACUUUUUACUUUAUUUUUUUUUUUCAUUCUAUCCUCCCGAUCGAAAGUUUUUUCUACUGACACCCCCACAAAAAAAACCCUUAAAUUCUAGAGAGAGUGAGAAUGUCUUUUUCUAAUGCAAAUUUUGUCACAAAACAAAUAGGUUUGAUUUUUUAUUUUUGAAAUGAUUUUUACUUUCAACCCCCCUCAUGUUUUUUUCCAGAGCAUGAGCAGGAAAAUUGUAAUUUAAGUGUAAUUGAUUGAAAAGAUAAAAGAAUAUUUAUCGAAAAGUGAGAGAAAGAGUCGAAUUAGAUAGUUUAAAGUGCAUUUUUUAAGGUACUGCAACUAACAGUUUACAGUAUUUUUUAUGUUUUAUUUUUACGUCUUUUAUUCAAUUUUUUUUCUUUUAGAGAGUUGGAAUGAUUUUUUUUUAAAUUAAACUAAAAGUAAAAAGAAGAGAAAAAAUCAUUUCCGAAAAACUCAUUAAUAUUAUAAACAACAUAAUCCUUAAUUAAAACAAAACAAAAAAGUAUGUAUUUAUCCUCAAAAGAUUUUAUUGCUUCUUUUGUAAAAUAAAAAGUUUUUUUUUGACUACAA